AUGCUGGCCCAGUCAUUUCAACAACAGGCAAGCCCGGUCCAGCUAUACGUUGACCGAUGUUGCGAUCCGACAUUGCUCGAGCCGAACUAUGCGCUCAAUCUCGAGUUGGCGGGAUACAUCACACAGAAGAAGGCGAAUACCCCUCGUGAGGCAGCGAUGGCAAUAGUGCGCUACGUGAACCACCGCAAUCCUCAAGUGAACAUGCUUGCAUUGACACUUCUGCAAACACUUGUUCAGAGCGUUGGAUACCCUUUUCAUCUUCAGGUUGCUACGAAGGAGUUCCUCAACGAGCUCGUACGACGAUUCCCCGAACGCCCUCCACCGUAUCCCGGCCCGGUCAUGACGCGCAUAUUAGAGGUGAUAAACGAUUGGAGGGAGGGGAUAUGUAAAGAGAGCAGAUGGAAAGAGGACCUUGGAAACAUUCGGGAUAUGCAUCGGCUGCUGGGAUUCAAGGGCUACCGAUUCCGUGAUUUACCAAGAGGAACGAACCGAUCCUUCGUUCCCACAACCGAGAAUCUCAAAUCACCAGACGAGCUGGAAGAAGAAGACCGCGAGGCUCAGGCUGCCAAACUUCAAGAGCUCAUUCGUCGCGGCACACCACGAGACCUAGCAGCGGCGCAAGAGCUCAUGAAGAUCAUGGCUGGUGCAAACCCCGAUGCGAAGCCGGACUACCGCUCCCAGACCCUCAAGGAGCUGGAGAAAGUUCAACAGAAGGUUAUCUUACUCAACGAUUUGCUGAAUAAUGCGUCACCGGGAGAACGAUUCGCAAAGGGAGACGCGUAUGAUCAAGUAGCAACGAUCUGUCGACAGGCACGUCCAAAGAUCCAGAAGUGGAUUUCAGACGCGGAAAGUGCUAGCUCCGAGGACCCGCACGUCCUCGAGACGUGCCUAGAGCUGAACGAUCUGAUCAACUCUGUUCUGAACCGGUACGAAAGCUAUCUCAGGGGAGACUUCAGCGUCCAAGGAGUCGAGAUCCACGGCGGAGUGCUCGGCGCAGGAAGUCCACCACCAGAACCGGCUGCCGCAAAGCCCAUCGACCUUAUCUCGCUCGACGAGUCCGAACAGCAUUCCGCAGUUCCACAAACAAGCGGCAGCGACGACCUGGCUGGGCUCUUCGGGCCCGCACCAGCAGCACCAGUGCAGGCAGCAGCGCACCAUCCGUUUACUCCAGCUCAGAUCACCUCCCUCUAUUCUCAGGGUUCAACCACGAGGGGGAUGCACACCCCUCAGGGGAGCUUGUCCGGGUUCUCGGGCUCUGAUGGAUUCUCUCCUCAACCACAGAAUCAAGCUAGUCCUGCCCAUCCUGGGUUCUUCAACCUUCACACAAUGAGCGUCCCGCAGGGGAGUAGUCGGACAGGCACGCCUACGCUCACCGGGCAGCAGCCGCAGGCGCAGGCGCAGCAACAGCAUUCCGGCCUGGACGCGUUUGGUCCCUUUAACUCCCCACCCAUGCAGCCUAUGCAGCCUCCAACAGCACCAGCCGUACCAGCACAAAACGGUGGGACGGGGAAGGGCAAGGAUCCGUUUGCGGAUCUUGAGGGCUUAUUCUGAGUGUAUGACCAGGGUAUUUGGUGCUGUUCUAGUCCGGAUGUUGUGUAGAUGUAGGAUGUGCGAUGAUGUGGUUUUUCUAUGUUGCGACAAUCUACAAAAAGAAGAUGAUGACCCCUAUCAAACUUGUGCAUCGUCUCUCCCCCUCGGGAAGUUCCUUCAUGCCUUCGUAUUCUGCGCCUGUAUGGCGCUCAGCAGAGCAUAAAUCAUCUGAAGCCUAGGUAUAGGCACGCCAUACUCCUCUGCCCAGCUAACCAAGCUCCCAACGAUAAUCUCACUUUCGAUCGGCGCUCCCCUUUCGACGUCGACCAGCGUGCUCGGCUUAAGCUCCGUCGUCCUUCCAUCUUCUUCGUCCAGCGUCUCUCUCGCGAUCGUCCUCGCGUGUUCAGUCUCGAUCGGAUACCCCAUCUUCUGCCCUAUGGCGAUGAUCUCUCCUGCCACACCCUCAAGAGCUUCCCGCAUGCGCGCCGUCACCUCCGGGGUGGAGCUAAAGGCCGGUGUCGGUAGUCGGGAGAGGACGCAUAGAGUGGCGACACAUGCGUUCCAGAUGUUCUUCCGGAACUUGGCAUGCUGAAUGUUCCUUUCGGCAGAGAUUGUCCCACCACCUCCGGUGAUCAGCGAGCAGAAGGUAGCGAGCGCUGCUUCGGCUUUGGGAGACGCGGGGCGGGUGGUGGAGGGCCCGACGCCAGUGAAGACUCCUACGGCUAGGCGUUCAGGCCCCGUCUGGACAAUCCCUGCCCUCCCAUCUGUCAAGUUCGAGUCGAUAUACACCGCCGCGCUCAGCACUACCGCCUCUGGAUCUAGCUUUCUAGCUGCCUCAUCCAGGUCGUGCUCGAUUCCUACCCCAUUCUGCAGUAGCACAAACGUAGGGAGUCCGUGUGCUUUUACAUACUCUGCAGUGAGAAGGGGUGCGAGGAGGACGGUGGUUGGGAGGAC